CCCAUCAAUACUGGCUGGUGUUCGAAUAUUAAAGCCGAGAAUCUCCAUAAGACCGGCUUCACGUUUCUUCAUCAUCAUGUCAAUAAUCAUACAAAUAGACCUCAUCAUAAAUCUCUACUCGAAAUGGAGCAGCCUCAUCAGCAGAGUUUUAACAGUGAAAGAGAUGAUCCUACUCUGGAACGCACUGAUGGGCUAUUUCGCCUCGAAAGAAAACUGUUGGAUUAUGUUCGACGACAUCUCGAGUUACACAAAGUUCAUGCGGAAUCCAAUGAUAGAGAGCGGGAGAUCUUCAAGGAACGGGAUGAAAAGAUUUUGAAGUACAACAGAUUUGUUUCACUGUUGCUCACACAUAUAAUACACGUGUUGUGUGCUAUAAUUCCGUUUGUGGCAGUUUUGAUCUCGCUGUUCAAAUCCUAUAUGAAGGGGGAAAACUUCACAAAUCUUCCUUUCAUCAUGCAUCUUUACUUUCCGAGUGUGUUUGAUAGGUCGAUGGCGUUCCAGUUGGUCUAUCAGACAAGUCUGUAUGUUUGGUGGAGUUGUAUGCUGUACUGCUGGUCAGUAUUGGCAAGAAGUGUCUAUUUCUGUUUCGCUUGUUUGGCUGCCGAAAUUGAUCUAUUCUGUGUCAGUUUGGAGGAAAUCAGCGAGAAUGAAAGUGAGGAAAAGCUGAGAAAACGUAUGGGAAAGCUUGUGCAUGAGCACCAAUUAAUUUGCAGGAACACUGAAUAUUUUGGAAGAGUCUCAAGCAAAAUUAUUUUUGGAAUUGUCAAUUUGUAUGGAUCACAAAUUUGUAUAUACUUGAUUUUCAUCACGUUAAUAGAUGACAUAUACGUGAAAGUGCGAUACAUUAUUUGCUAUGCUGUCGUGUUUGCAUUUAUAUACUUUAUUUCAUGGAAUGGCCAAAUCAUAACUGACUUGGGAAGGCGACUGAAACUGACGUUGUUUCAAUCGUCUUGGAUUGAUAAGCCUGUCUGGUUCAGAAAGACUCUGCUAUUCAUGAUGACAAGGGCUUCUAAGGAUAUACUAAUCAGACCAUUUGGACUGUACAUUUUGGGUAUUGACUGUAUUGUCACAGUUUGCAAAGGAACUUAUACAUAUAUGAAUUUUGCCAAUGAAAUGCUUCGGUGAAAUAGUGCCAACAUUAAAACCAAAGGCUGACAUCUGGGGAUUAAUUCAGAAUGACUGACAGCCAUAUAAUUAAUUAUUGAAUCACAAUUUUACUGUACAAAUUAAUUAUAAAUUCGCAAUAAAGGUUGUGUUUUAUGUUUUGUGGAAAUUUUAAAA